CCUCGUGCAUUUUUGCCUCCGACGUCCGACCACUAGCCGGUAUCCGUUCGUCGCGAAACCAUGAUCGCCGCAUUGCUGGUUGCCGUUUUGACAGUUCGCGGGUGCGGCGCUUACGUCGCCCGCAACAACGUGUGUGGCACCUUUAGGGAUUACGCGACCAUCGAUACCAACGUAAAUUGUUGGUACAACCCCGACGUGGGUUCAUCUCCGAGGUUGAUAGCGAAAAGGUACGGAUAUCCUUUCGAAAGGCACACGGUAACCACUGAAGACGGCUACAUUCUCGACCUGCACAGGAUCCCCGGGGGCUAUAAGGCUCCGGGACGAAGUAAGCGGAUUCCGGUGCUGUUGCAACACGGGGCCGGAGGUGUCUCCGCGUUCUGGAUGCUCCAGGGAAACAACUCUGUCGCUUUCGUUUUGGCCAAUCAGGGCUACGACGUGUGGCUACUGAAUCACAGGGGUACAUACUAUUCAUCCAAACACCAACGUCUUACUACGAACGAUCCGCAAUAUUGGAAUUUCGGAUUUCAUGACGUAGCCGUGUACGAUCUGCCGGCCUGUAUCGAGUACGUUGCGUCGAAAACCGGCUCGAAGGGCAAUCUGAUUUACGUCGGACAUUCGAUGGGAACGACCACGUCGUAUGUUUAUUCCAUGAUUAAGAAAGGACACGCCCGCGAUCAUUUGAGUGGUAUCGUCUCGCUCGCUCCGGUGGCCUACAUGGGCAACGUCACCGGCAUGUUCAAGCUAAUCGCUUCUAGCGUCUCGCCGAUAAAGAAAUUGGCGCAGUCGUUCGGAAUCAACGCAGUCGGUCAGUUUCACAGAGCCCAAAGCCAGUUACUGGCUUUGACUUGCGGCAGAUAUCCCCUAAUCCGGACCUGUCAUUCGGUGGUGGCCGCUUCAUCUGGAAUAGCACCAGAACAAGUGCAACCCGAACUCCUGCCCGUAUUCCUCAGUUAUUACCCGUCCGCGCUAAGCCUGAAGACGCUGGAGCAUUACUCGCAACUAAUAAACAACGCGACAUUCUCGUGGUACGACCACGGGCCGUCGAAGAACGUUCUGGUAUAUUCUGCGACUGCGCCGCCGGUGUAUGACGUCAGCAAAAUCGAAUUACCCCUACACCUGUUUAUAGGCACCGCCGAUAUCAUCGGCAACGCUGCCGACGCCGCGAUCCUUUACGAUAAAACGAAUUCGGGUAAAACGAACACUCAAACUUGGCGGUACUUUUUCCCGUUCGCUCAUAACGACUUCUUCCUCGCCAAAGACGUGGGACCCUUCUACGAGAAGCUCCUGAGCGUCCUCGAUGGUAUGCGUGCCACCGCCAGCUCGCAAUCCUCGAAAAUAAUGACCAAAAAUAUUUAAAAAAAGAAAUAACUGAUAGCAUAUAUGUAGUAUUAUGUAAGCAAAACACCAUCCGGCACGUGUAUAUAGGAAUUAAAUUUAUGACGUUCUUUUUGAAAGCGAUUUGAUUAUGUAUUAGAAUUCUGAUGAAUCCGUACCUCAAAAAUUUCCAUUCUUAUACUGUUACGUAGGAGCGUAAAAACACUGCGGAUAAAAAUUUCAGAAUAUAGAGGAAAGGCACCUAAUAUUUGGAACCUUUUUAUUUUUGUGAAAUAAAGGCGUAAAAAUUGAAUGUUUAAAAAUAGUUUUAUGUACAAAGGAUAAACCGUUGUGAAUACAUUUUACUUUAAAACGUUAAAGUUAUUCUUAAUAUUAAUUAUAUUUGUAAAGUAAUAGAAACUUUUUGUUAAUUUCAAAAUUGG